UAAAUAUUGAAUCUUGUACGUAUUGUAUCCAUAAUCAUAACUUCACCACUGAACUUAUCUUCUUUCCAUUCCUUCUUCAAUGAACUCCAUGGCCAUAAAUCUUGUUAUUCUUCCCAAUCUGACUCUCAGAUGCUCUUAUUCUUCAUCCAAAACCAAAACCCAACAAAUCCCAGCUAGGGACAGACCCAUCGACUUCGGAAAACACAAGGGAAAAUUACUGGGAACACUCCCUUCGAAUUACCUCAAAUGGGUCUCCAAGAAUCUAAGAGCUCGUGAUUUUGAACACUGGGCUAACCUUGCUGAUCAAGUCCUCCAAGACCCACUUUACCAAGAUCGAAUCCAAUGGGAAUUUGCCCAGAAUAUCUUGGAAGGUAAUCAUAGGUCGUCGUCGAUUUCGAAACCAGUUUCGGAGUUGUUAUUAGAGAUGAGUGAGAGGUUUGGUUGGGAUAAUGAAGAUAAGGUUGGUUGGAGCAGAGUGGAUUUUGAGCUUCUUGGGACUUCUAAGGGUGGACGGAUUCCCAGGGUGGGUGGAGGGAAAAGUGGAGGGAAAAGGGAGGAUUUGAGAGUGGAUGGAAAAGAAGAAAGGAGGAAGGAAAGGGUGAGGGUGAGGGGUAGUUUGGGAAAUUCAGAUAUUGAUAGUAUUGGGAAUGAAGUGAUGAUUAUGAGAUUAGAUGAAAGGAGGAAAGAAGGGAAAAUUGGAGGGAAAAGGGAGGGUUUGAGAGUGGAAAAGGAUGGGGAUGGAAAAGAAGAAGGGGAAGGAAGGAAGAUGAAGAAAGAAGAGAAGGGUAGGGGUAGUUUGGGAAAUUCAGAUAUGAUGAUGAUGAUGAUGAGAUUAGAACAAAGGAAGAAAGAAGGGAAAAGGGAGGAUUUGAGAGUGGAAAAGGGAGGGGGUGGAAAAGAAGAAGGGGAAGAGAGGAGUAGGAGAGAAAUGAGGAGGGAAAGGGUAAUGAGGUUGAGUAAGAAAGAAGAGAAGGGAAAGGGUAGUUUGGGAAAUUCAGAUGUUGGGAAUGAAGUGAUGAUGAUGAGAUUAGAAGAAAGGAAGAAAGAAAGUGAAGUAGAAGUUUACAAUCCAUUCCCUGGAAGAGAAUCACUCUUGAAAAAGGUACUCCAAAGGAGAAAAUUUUCAUUGUAAUAAUUUAGCUUGAAUUUUGUAGACAUUUAUGAGAGUAUUAUUAACUACAUUUAUGUACUCCAAUAUGACAUAGUUUAGUGAAAUAGAGUAGAUUUGAUUUGAUUUUGAACACAAUAAUACAAGUUGCAAUAUUGUUUUAAA